AUGGCUAAGCGCACUCUCGACUCUGAUUCCACGGCGGAACGUCGAGUUAAGCCUACUCUUAUUGAGAAGAGGCCAUUAAAUAUCACCAACUUGAAUGAUGGCGAUGUGGUGCACCAGACGUGUCUCGUUAUCCAUGGCGAAUGCCAGGACUUUGAUCAUUCAGAAGAAACGAACUAUGUCUCAGUUUCUACGUCCGAAAUGCUCACUCGGUCGCAUUCAACUCAACACUGGCCAUUGAACAAAGGCCAAUGGAGUGCACUCGUGAUGCUAUCUCCGGGAUUGAAUAAGCUGGCUUUCAAGCUUCAUCAUGUCGGAGGAGUUUCAGACUCUCUAGAAAUCGCUGUGAACUAUCUGCCUUUGUUGCAACUACCGCCUCUACAUCUCGCCAUUCUCGUUGCAAAGGACUCACCUUUGCUUAUCGACUGCCCGCCAACCAAGUUUGGCAGCAUAUCCACUGCGCAUAGCAGCAUUGAUUCCGCAGUUUCCAAGCUUCGCAUGUCCGCAUACAUGUGGCAAGCUCUCACUGCCGAAGACUUCCGCCAAAAAGGACUGGGGAGACGCUCGUUCCGAUUGGAAGAAGAAUGGGCCCCUAAUACAACCAUACACAAGAACCAUCAAUACGUUCCCGGUGACAACAUUCAGAUGGGUUGCAUGGCAAAGGUUCAUAUCAUUCGGUCGCAGAGGACCGUCGCGGAACUGAGGGAUGCCAACGUUGCUCAGCAAAAUUCGCGAGGUCGGGACCGAGAUGCCUUGCACCGUUAUUUUGAGCAGGAUUUGAUUAGUUCUGGUGCUCCCUUUGAGCCGAAAAAUCGGCCAGUUGUUGCUGGUUUGAUUUUGGAUUCGCAUUACUCCUCUCAGCAGUCCCUGAUCACGGCACACGCAGCCUUGGGCUGCCACAAGCCCGAUGGUGUCUCCUUGGGAAUAUUCGGGAGUCAUCUUACCUACUCUUGGCCUCGCUUCCUCGAGGAGAUCCCUUCGUGCCUCACGGACUUGACUCCCCCCGGUGACACUGUUGGUAAUGACAACGGCGAAUGCGACACCAUGCGUGGUGCAUGCUUCGUCGGCCAAGGCGCCUUCCUGCAUGAAGUAGGCCACGCCUUUGGCGCAGGUCAUACUACCGGAAUUAUGGCGAGAGGUUACAGCAAGAGCUGGGCUAUGAACUUUAUUCAGCACAAGAAUCACGACUCACUGAAGAAUGACGCGAAAUGGGACUUGCAAGACACGCUGCAGUUUAAAUUAUUGCCGCAUUUCGCCCUCCCCGGUGAUGAGCUCGUCACAGAGAAGUUCCAGAGGGCCAGUGUGAAGGUUGAGGUUUCCCUGGAAGGAGAUGACCCGAUGGAGUCUGAAGGUAAGACCGAGGGUCUGAAGAUCUCGUGUUCUGCAGGACUUGCGCAAGUGAAGAUUCAGAGCGGCAAGGAUAACCCUGUUGUCCAUGAUCUUAUGGACGACGCCAAACCUGCUUGUACCCUGUUCCAGGUUGUCGAAAUGCGCGAGAAAUACGACCAGACUCAACCACUGAAGAUCACUGCUCUUGGAUUGAAUGGCAAGAUCCGUGUCGUCAAUGAUUUCUGGGCCAUGUGCAAGGAUCUUCCUUUCAUCCUUAUCCCGGACAGCGACGUGGUUCUUCAGAAACAAUCUGUUCGAUCCUAUAACCUCGAGUCCGCCGAGGACGAUGACAACUUCCUGAAAUGGGCCAUGCUUCUUCGCCAACGUGGCAAGGAUGGUCAACUGCAUCGCGCUACCAGCAUUGAUCUCCGAGUCGGAUGCACCAUGGACGGAGCAGUUGUCCACUACGCUGACGGUCAGCACGCCAAUUGUGGACCUGCACGGAGGGCAAACGGCCAGCUGCACCGCUUUGGUGGACACGCGUCAAAGUCAAAUGAACUUCCUGCCGACGAACACAUUACCCGGGUCAAGAUUUGCAAGCAAGAUGAUGGAUGGGGAAGUCUGUCGGGAAUUCAGAUGACCCUGAGCAAUGGAACUACUUGGGGCCAUCUCAACUUUAGUGGCAAUGAGGAUGAUGAUUCGGACGAUGGCAGCGACAGCGACGAGAACUCUGACUAUGAAGAUGACCAGAAGAAGGAGUCUGUUGUUGUGACCCUGGAACCAGGAGAAGACGAGGUCAUCGUUGGAUUCUUCGGAAAGAGCGUCAAGGGAUCCGGGUAUACGUAUGAGUUCGGUAUCUUGACGGCUCCGAAGGGAGUGGAACUGCCGGAGAAGGUUUAUGAUAUAGCGGAACUGAGGAAUGAUUGA